AUGUCUCCCAUUGCUGCAGGUCCGGGGUCGGCCUCGAAGGAUUACAAGAAGGAGUCGACGCUGGCUAGAUUGUUGGGCUCGGGAUCCGCUGGUAUUGCAGAAUUGGCCGUUUUCCACCCUGUCGACACCAUCGCCAAACGCCUCAUGUCCAACCAGGGCCGAAUCGUCAGCACCGCCCAGCUCUCCCAGGUCAUAUUCAAGGACAAGGCCGCCGCCUCAGCCCCCACAAAGUUCUUCUCGCUCUUCCCCGGCCUGGGCUACGCCGCCGGCUACAAGGUCCUGCAGCGCGUCUACAAGUACGGCGGUCAGCCCUUCGUGCGGGACUAUCUGACCACGAACCACGGCUCGACCUUCGACCGCACGUUCGGGGAGAAGACGGGCAAGGCCAUGAUGAGCAGUCUCGCAGGCAGCAUCAUUGGUAUCGGAGAGAUUGUACUGCUGCCGCUGGAUGUGCUCAAGAUUAAGAGGCAGACGAACCCGGAGGCGUUUCGGGGCCGCGGUGUGGUGAAGAUCGUGCGGGAUGAGGGCUUUGGACUGUACAGGGGCUGGGGGUGGACUGCUGCCAGGAACGCGCCGGGCUCUUUCGCUUUGUUCGGGGGAUCCGCCUUUACCAAAGGCUACCUCUACGGUCUCGAGGACUACAACAAAGCCUCGUGGCUGCAGAACUUUGUUGCGUCCAUCGCCGGUGCCUCCGCUUCUCUGCUCGUCUCGGCGCCGCUCGACGUCAUCAAGACGCGAAUUCAAAACAGGAACUUCGAGAACCCCGAGAGUGGGUUCAAGAUCGUGAGUAGCAUGAUGAAGAACGAAGGGCCCACCAGUUUCUUCAAGGGAUUGGUUCCGAAGCUGCUGAUGACCGGACCCAAACUCGUCUUCUCUUUCUGGCUUGCCCAAACCCUGAUCCCGGCUUUCGAUAUUGCCCUCUCGAAGAAAUAG